AUGAAGAUUCACAUGAAGGUGCACACAGAUAAAAGACCUUUUGAGUGUGCUGAGUGUGGCAAAAAAUUUAGAGAACGUUAUGCUAUAAUACGACACAUGUCUUUGCAUUUGGGUAAAGGGCCUCAAAAAUGUCCAGAGUGUGGGAAGAGAUUCAUUAAUUAUAGAGACAUGAGGACUCACAUGUUAGUGCAUUCAGGUGAUCGACUUCACAAGUGUCCAAAGUGUGGGAAGAGAUUUAGUCGUCUUAGAAAUAUGAAGAAUCACAUAUCAGUGCAUUCCGGUGACCGACCUCAUAAGUGUCUAGAGUGUGGGAAACAAUUCCGUGAGCUUGGAAAUAUGAAAAAUCACAUGUUUUUGCAUUUAGGUGUUCGACAUGAGUGUCCAGAGUGUGGGAAGAAGUUCAAGCGUCUGGCACAUGUGACAGUAGAAAACAAACGCCGUAAUACCGGUGAUGCCCUAAAACCCAAAACGGGAUCGACAACACCAACGGAAGAAGGAUCAGAGUCCAUAAGCUCCGGUAACACUCCCGGAGGAGAACACAAAACCGAAAACGGUAACCCCGUCAAGACAAACUCGGCCCAUGGACGAAGUGAAGAUGAUAGAAAAGUCUCUCGAGACACAAUUGUUGAAGGAUAUAAGACAAAUGUUGAAAAGUCCAUAAGUAAAAUUAAUUUAAUUAUUGAGUACCAUAAAAAACUUUUGGCCCAACGGGAGGAGGAAAAGGCCAAACGGGAGGAGGAAAAGGCCAAACGGGAGGAGGAAAAGGCCAAACGGGAGGAGGAAAAGGCCAAACGGGAGGAGGAAAAGGCCAAACGGGAGGAGAGAAAGGCCAAACGGGAGGAGGCAGCUAAAGCCAGAGAGGAACUGGCAGCGAAGGGCAUUUAA